AUGCCUUCUACACUUGCCCCUUGCCAUGCCAUUGCAACCCCUCGUCCAACGCUCAUGUUCGCGAUAGCUAGCGACAAUCCCGCAGAGGUCGAGCGGGUCCUGGCUAGUGGCGAAGCUCGUACGAACGACACCAUAGGACCACAAUCUGCACUCGAGUUUGCAUUGACGAAUGACGCUCUGGUGAAUAAAACGGAAAUCGUCAAAACAUUAUUGGCGUUUGGUGCGGAUCCUUCAGCGCUCUCAGCUGACCUACGCAACGCAUCCGACCAACAAAUAAGCGGAAGUGAAGAAGAGAGCGACGUUUUAACCGAUCUACCUUCCGAUACUCUCAACACUCAAGGGUCAUUCAGCAAACGCAGGAAACGAGAAAGCGUUAUGAACCCUGCGAUGAAAUAUUAUUUGAACCGUGCAGCAGCAAGCCCACAAGCUGCACAAACAAGUGCUGCGUUACGACGUUCGGAUUUCCGACCGCUUGCACGCAUGCGAUUUGAUUUCGUUGGGCAGGACCGUGCACUGGAGCAUCUGUAUUGGGUCCUAGGUAUGCAUUCUCAGCAGCCGAUUGGGACGCCGCUUGUUGUUCUGUGUUGUGGGCCGUGUGGUCAUGGGAAGAGUCUUUUGGCGAGGAAAUUUGGCAGUCUGCUUGACGUUCCUACGCAUACAGUUAACAUGACUGUUUUGAAGACUUCGCAUGACCUUUGGCAGUGCCCUUCAAUGAGCCCGUACGAUCCGCCUUCGGAACGAACCUUGGCUGAGUUCUUGGAAGCGAAUGCGGGGAAGCGUUGUGUUGUUGUACUUGAUGAAAUCGACAAGAAUGAAGACGAGCGUACCCUUUGGUCUUUGCUCGCCCCCUGGGAACUAGGUCGCUGUUCUAUUGACUCAGGGCGUCGACAUAUCGACGUACGAAACGUCAUCUGGCUCGGCACCUCAAACAUCGGGCAGGAUCGCGUAUUUGAACAUCAGGCCGCUCGUAGCGAACCCGAUUCCGUUAUGUCAAAAGCUGAAUACCGCGAACUCAUGAACGCCCUCCGACCACUCGUCACCGAAAGACUCGGGACUUCAUUAAUGUCCCGCGUAACAGCCGUCCUUCCCUUCGUACCCUUCACACACUCAGAGAAACUCGCUAUCGCGUCCGAAGCUGUCCUUUCGCUAGGUGGAGAGUCCGCUUCGGAACUCGCACCUGAGGAGUUUGAGCGCCUUGCGUUGCAGUGCGUUGAUGAGUAUGUUGAGACGGACGGUGCACGCUCGUUGUAUAGGAGCGUGUCUACGCAUCUUAUGGAGGCGUUUUGAGUUCGUCUUUUUGGUUCGAUUUCUUUUUCUUGUAUAAUCUUGCACAAUCUUGCUAGAUGCUCGCUAUCCCUAUCCUUUCCUUCGCCCUUCAACUUGGUUUCAAAUUUAACGAAGCAUAUUGAAUUGAUUUCAAAUGCGGAUUUCUUCUUUCUUUCUUUGUUUUCUUGUUUUAUUUUUUGCUUAGUCGCAUGGUCCUUUCGUUCUUCA